GAAAUCAUGGGGCGAAAGAAAAUAGCUAUCAGCCGCAUUUCUGAUGAGAGAAAUCGUCAGGUAACAUUCACUAAAAGAAAAUGGGGACUGAUGAAAAAAGCUUACGAACUAAGCAUUCUUUGUGACUGUGAGAUUGCAUUAGUAAUAUUUAAUGCUAGCAACAGGCUGUUUCAAUAUGCCAGCAGUGAUAUGGAUACAAUUCUGCUGAAAUAUACGGCAUGCGAGGAGCCACACGAGUCCAAGACAAACCAGGACAUUUUAGAUAUGCUGACUAAAAAAGACUCGAGAGGAGGUGCUGAUAGCGGCGAUGAAGAUGAUGGAGACAUGGGAGCAGUAGGAGCUGGUCCAGAUAUCCCAAAUAGCAUUCAUUUGAUACCUGGAGCAAACAGUGGUGUGAGCUCGCAACUGACACCAAAUACUGAGAUGAAGUACAACGAAAUCAAUCGAGAGUUUGAAAAGUUGAUCGAAAACAACAAAAUGGGACGGUCGUCUAACGGUGUUCUGCAGCAAAACGGAAUUGGUGCUUCAAAUCAAAACCUCCAAAAUCUUAAUGAUAUCACGAACUGGAAUGACCAAAGAAUAUCAGCCGGAAACGUCGGAUCGAUUAUUAGUGAUUCCGGUCAGCAUUUUCCAUUGCAAGGUGCAGUUAGUCAAUUAUCCGGGGCACCGGCGAUGACGAUCAAAGUGCCCCAGUCGAACAGUCUGAGCGCCGCUUACCGCAGACAGAAUUUGAUGCUGGACGAUCAAGGUGGUGUGAAUGAAAUAAUGGCUACUGUUAAUGCGAACAAUCUCAUAAACGCCAACAAUUCGCAACACAUUAUGCUUCAAAACAGAGGAAUGACUCCGCCCAGUCGGCCGGAUUCGACGUCUUGCGCGGUCUCACCGUCGCCAUAUGCUAUGAACGCCAGACCUGUUUCUCGAAAUAUAUCCCCGAUAAAUGCCAGAGCGAAUUGUUCAAGCGUGUCGCCAAAUUGUUCCUCGCCUGGACUUCAGAACCACCAGAUGAGGUUUAACCAUGGAGGAGGGGGAGGGCAGAUGCAUGGGGUGGGUCCAAACGGGAAGGGCCUGAAGAUAGAAAUUCCGAAUCACGCCAUUUCUUGUCAAAGACAGCUGAAUUGUUCUCCGUCUAACAAGUCUCUUCUGGCCCCUAAUAGACCAAGUUCAUCGCCAGCUGUUCAGUACAAUCCUUCGGCACAAGAAUGCCCCACCACAGAUCCCAGAAUGUUACCCGGUGGAGGGGGGAUGACUCCCGGCGCCUCCCAGUACCGUCAUCUAAGCGGAGGAGGAGUGGGAGACGAUUCAAAUCAGAUGUUUGUUCAUACCCCCAAUACGUCUCUAAGAGGAACACCAGACGAUAUGCAAAGAUACCAGAACCAACAGCUAGGUACUCUAAUGCUUCCCAAUGAAUCGAACACAAGUAGUAGCAAUAGUAGACCCCAAUCGAUCAGUUUGAAAUCAGAAAACAGCAACGUGCAAACAGGCGUACAAUUUGCGCAAUUAAAUAAUGGCCGGAGUCCGUCCUCCUCACAACAGAACCAGCAACAGGCCCAAAUUUACCAACAAAAUUUUACCCCUUCGCACAGCCCAAGCGCAACUACCAGUCGUUCUAUGAGGUCUUCGAUCAAUGUUGCAAAUAUGAGCUCUGGUUCCUCAUUGACAAUGCACACCAGUCCCACCGCCUCAAUGGAGAGCAGGAGAAUGCAACAUCGUCAACAGCAGCAACAACAGAACGAAUCUACUUCCCAAAUGCUUCUUCAGGGCAGCAACAGUCUGUUCCCUCCACCCUCCUCUGUCGCCAACCCCGCCGCUGUACCUCAAACUGACAAUCAGCAGCAGAACAGCAACAGCCUCCAUCACACAGGGCAGCAACAAGGAGACCACUUUAUACCAUCUUCCAUUGAUUCUCUGCCUAGCAAAUCAAGCUAUGUCAAUGUCGGCAAUUCCCACUUGCAAACCCGUAACGUACAUACAAUGUACCAGAACAGGGCCAACAGAGGUGCAAAUAUGUUGAAACACUCGACCAAUUAUGCUGCCCCAAAUACCUUUUUCCAUCAAUCGGGGUCGAGGAAAAGCCCACUUUCUUCAAACCCUCCUUCUCGAAGUACGAAUAACAACUUGCAAAUGGGCGCUAAUAAUGUAAACGAGCAAAAUUUCGAAUUCCUAAAUAUUUCUGCCGAUUCUGACGGCGGCGGAGGAGGUCCGUCUAAUGCGAAGCAUCCUCGAAUGAUGACAUCUGAAGGUCCGUCCAUAGAUGGACUCUCUUGUGACCCUAAUUAACCCUGGACGCCCCCAUGAAGUCACCUCAAAAGUCCCCAAAAUGUUCCAUAAUGGAUUAAAUAGAUGUUUAGUUGAGCAAAACGAAAACUAUAGAACUGUUAAAUUUUGUGGAAGGAAAACUUCUUUUUAGUUUAAAUUAGCGAGUAACUAAUCAACUCAAACUGAUGCAAAUUCUAUUCUAUUGGCUUUCUUUUUCGCUGAAACGGCUUUAAUUAUCUUCAUAUUUGUGUUAUUUUCCCAAUUAAAUUUUAAGUUGGCUCCGAGAGCUCCUUCUAUUUUUGUGCUAAUUAAAAAUGAAUUUUCACAUUGACAUUCAGAUGCUCAAUUUUAAUCAAGAAUCUUUGAAAGUUUCUGAAAAAUUCGUUUAAUUGUUUAUUGUUCCGAUUUUCGAAGAAAGUGAGGGAUUAUUUUUCUACUUGAAUAUAAAGUAAUUCAUUCAUUCGCUAAAAUACAUUCUGGUUGGUCAUUAUUAGUACACAUCAUUGUCUCUUUCCAUCUAUGCUAUUUGUGCCCAAUUGAGUUUACUGUAGAUUGUAUUGUGUGUGAAUGUUCGUCAAAACUCUCUAAGUUAUGAAAUGUUGAUUUGGCAGUCAGUCAAUUCAUUGUAGAAAUUUCACGUGAAACAAGGAGUUCGUCCUCUGAGACUGUUAAUUUCCAACCAAUUUUCUAAAGCUAUUAAUUUGAAGAAAAAACAGAGGCGAAAGCAAAUUAGAGUGCUGAAAAUGAAUAGACCUUUUCACCGUUUUUCGGAGUGCCGUAUCAACGUAAUCGUCGAGCUACGUAUUAUCCAUCCGUGAAAUGAAGACAUGCUCUUUAAAUUAUCCAAAAUACCAAUUUGAUGCUCAAAAGUGCUCAUCGAUAUAUUAUUUAUAUUCAACAUUGUGUACAACUCAUGUGGCUCAAGUAUCCCAUCCAUCUUUGAAUUCUGCCAUUUUUUAGAAUUCAAUAGAUGAAGUAGUCAGAUUAAGCCUGUGUCGGUAUCAGAUUGUCUUUCGAGAGCUCUUUAAAAACUGUAUACUGGCCAAUAUACUGAGAGCUCUUUAAAAAUAGUACUAGCCAAUAUCCAACAAAGUAAAUACAGGAUAAUGUGUUGAGGAAACCGCCCCUUAGCAAGUUGAAAUCGCAUGUUUGCUUAAGUAAAUUAGUAUUAUUACAAUGAAAUUGUUUAUCUUUUAGAAGAGAAAAAAUAUUUACUUAAUUUGAGGGUAAAACGUUACAAAAUAGACGCGCCCAUGUUUUUCGCAAGCUUUUAAAUAACACAUGUAUCUGAAAAAUGAGAAAAUAAUUUCCGGCUAUAUUAAUAUGGGCGGAUCUAAAAUUUUCUCGAGAGGGGCUUUUCGAAAAAUUUAGGGUUGGUCAGCCAAAUAUGGAUGUCUUAAAUUAAUACCAAAGCCCCCCCCCCAAAAA